GAUAAUUAUGUCUAGCCUCAAAUUUAGAUAAGCCGUAACAAAAUCGUUUUAAUUAAUUACAUAUUUACUUUUGAAACAAUGUCAAAACUAAGAAAAUAUAUCGAUAUCGGAGCCAACUUAACGGAUACUAUGUAUUCGGGAAUAUAUAACGGCAACAAAAAACACGAACCAGAUUUAUUGCAAGUAUUAAAACGAAGUUGGCAGUCUGGAUUGGAUAAAAUUAUAAUAACCAGUGGAAACUUAGAAGAAAGUAGAAAAGCAUUAGAAUUAGCGAUUACUAGUGAACAUUUGUAUACCACAGUAGGGUGUCAUCCUACAAGAUGUAAAGAAUUUGAAGAACACAGAGAAGGAGCAAAUUCAUAUUUAGAAAAACUCAAAGAUGUUAUAAUUACAGGAGGUAAUAAAGUUGUAGCCCUAGGAGAAUGUGGUCUUGAUUACGAUCGAUUAAAUUUUUGUCCUAAAGACAUUCAAAUGAAAUAUUUCAACCUUCAACUCUCUCUAACAAAAGCAUUCAAUUUACCCCUAUUUUUACAUUGUCGAAAUGCAGCUGAGGAUUUAUACGCAGUGUUAGUAAAUUAUCCAGGCGUGAAAGGAGUUGUACAUAGUUUUGAUGGAUCUUACGAAGAAGCCUGUAAGUUUUUAGAUUUGGGCUUAUAUAUUGGUUUAAACGGAUGUUCUUUAAAGACAGAUCAAAACUUGGAAACUGUAAAACUAUUACCUAGUAAUCGAAUUUUAUUAGAAACAGAUUGUCCUUGGUGUGAAGUUAGACCUUCUCACGCUGGGUAUAAAUUUAUUUCUAAAGAGAAUUCAGGAAUGCCUACAGUAAAAAAGGAAAAAUGGAAUCCAGAGCAAAUGGUAAAGAGCAGAAAUGAACCAUGUAAUAUAAGACAAAUAUUAGAUAUUGUAGCAAGUAUUCGAAAUGCAAACAUAGAUUUAUUGUGUGAACAAGUAUUUGAUAACACUAUGGAAUUAUUUUUUAAAAAUGAUAAUAAAUGAUUGUGAAUAUUUCGAA